CAACUUCCGUAGAAGAAGAGCGACAGGCGGAAGUUGUUCACCACCGGGCGCCUUUCUUCAAAAACAAUCACAAGAACUGCUGCAUAACAGCUUUAUAAGAGACACGAAGGGAGCUCACAGCGGGUAUCUGUGCGCCUUUUUUUCAGCGCUACAAUGCCUCUCUCCACUCAGUCGCAGGGUGAUGACGAACAGUACGUUUUAGUGGCGAGUUUGGACAAUGCUCGCAAUCUCUCCAACAUCCUGAAAGCAAUCACCUUCAAAGAUCACGCCAUCUUCACAGCUACAACCAAUGGCCUUAAGGUCACAGUGGAGGACUCGAAAUGUCUGCAGGCCAAUGCCUUCAUCCAGGCUGAGAUCUUCCAAGAGUUCACCAUAAGAGAAGAUCUGGUGGCUUUUCAGAUCAACCUCACUGUUCUCCUCGAUUGCCUCAAUAUAUUUGGUGGAACCACAACACCAGGUGUAUCAACAGCCUUGCGGAUGUGCUACAGGGGGUAUGGGUACCCUCUGACGUUGUUCCUGGAGGAAGGUGGUGUAGUGACCGUGUGCAAGAUUAACACACAAGAACCAGAAGAACCGAUUGACUUUGAGUUCUGCAGCACUAAUGUCACGAACAAGGUGAUCUUGCAGUCAGAGAGUUUGAAGGAAGCCUUCUCUGAACUGGACAUGACAAGCGAAGUGCUACAGAUUACCAUGUCCCCCAGCCAACCAUACUUCAGGUUGUCAACAUUUGGGAAUGCUGGAAAUGCUCAUUAUGAUUACUCCAAAGACUCGGACAUGAUGGAGCUGUUUAAGUGCACCGAGACACAAACGAACAGAUACAAGAUGUCCCUCCUGAAGCCGUCCACCAAAGCCUUGGCUUUGUCCUGUAAAGUCUCCGUCAGGACAGACAACCGGGGCUUCCUCUCUCUGCAGUACCUGGUCAGGAACGACGAUGGACAGAUCUGCUUCGUAGAAUAUUACUGCUGUCCCGAUGAGGAGGUAGAAGAGAACUGAGAACACCGGAUUCAAAUCUGACUUGUAAUAAGUACCUUAACUACACACCGGAGUCCAGUUUGCCAGAGGAGGCAGGUAUGGAGAAAAUGCUGGACUUGUAAUGGGCACAGUGGUGAAAACAGAAAAUGAACUGAUUCAUCAUUUGCCAGAUUUGAGAGAAACAGAUGUUGUGCUUGUGAUUUGCUGGUGUUCUUAUGCUCUCUAUGAUUACGCCACACGUCAUAAUCGUAGGUCUGUGUGCUGCAGGAGUAUACAUGUUCGAUGUGUGUUCAAGUACUGUAUUGAUUCCUAUGGAGACUCAGCUGUUUUCAGUCACAAGUCUCACAAUUUGUGAAUGUUACUCCUGAAUUUGAGUCUACUUGUUAAAUGCAGUUCUCUUUAUAUUUGCAUAUCAGAGCUCGUCUUUUGCCAUAUGCCUCCAGAUGGUUGCAGCCUGUAAAACAGGACACAUUAGACCCAGCUCACCGAUCUAAAACAACUAGACAGUGAUCUAAAACAACACCUAUUCUACCUACUUUGAAUAGGUGUGAUUUCUCUUAAGCUGUGGACACACUUCCUACAAGUCUAUGCUGAAACUAUUCCAAAAGCCUUUUAUGGAGUAUACAUCACAGGAUACAGAGAUCAAGUUGGUAUUUUAUUUCUGUGACAUAGAAAAGAGCUUUUACUCCAACUCAAUAAACAUUACAUCCAAAAAAAA